AUGAAAUAUAUCACCCGCUCGCGGCGUGAUUCAGCGCCGCUAUUCUCCCUUGGCUCUGGAGACAGCAUACCUCCGCUACGCACUCUCUGCCUGACAAAUUUUGCGGUUGACUCCGAGCGAGUAAAUGAAUGGGACCGCUGUCAUCACAUAAGACAUCUGGGUCUUGAUGGCGGGGCUGAAUCGCUUGAGCUUCUAACGCUCUUUACAGGAAAGACCCCCGACGUGACAUCGCUAGCACUGCGAAUCCACGAUGGAACAUCCCCGGAUAUCUCGGAUGACCUAUACAGUCGGCUAGACAAGUUCUUGCAGAGCGUCAAUGCCUUAGAGGCCUUCACUGCAUAUGACCUGUCCAAGGAUAUCCUCCGUCUUUUAGUGUCUCGCCAUGGCCCCAACCUCGGGCGUCUGCGAUUCCGGCAGACUAAUUUCAACAGGAGGGACCAGGAGCAGAUCAGAUGCCUCUUCACCUUCGAGGAGCUCCAGAACCUCGCUAGUGCGCUUCCACGGCUGCAAAGGCUCGGAAUCGACCUGCGAUUCAAGGGUCACUUGUCCUACGACGUACUCAGUGGAGCGGCAUGCUUCCCCAGUCUUGAACACCUAGAGCUCAACUCGAAUUUCCCCUACGGCGAAGAGGGAAUAAACGGCUGGAGACCCAUGGUAGAUUCAUGGCUCAAUGCAGCUGUUGUCGAAGAAGCAUUGCGCUACGUGGCAGGGGAAAAGCUAUACUAUGAACGGAUCACUGAUCCAACGACGGUUCCAUGGUCGCCUUUCACGGCGCUCGAUAUCAAAGUAGGCGAAUGGGAGCCAUCUGUUGAAGGCUACAGAAAGUCAACAUUGGCCACUUAUCCUAUUUUCAUGUAUGCCUGUCGGUGGGUAGACUGUCGGCCCGGUAAGGUCGAUACUGUUCGAUUACGAUGCUUUGCUAAGGAGUAUCCCAUUGAGGAUGAUCGAUAUGAGCAGGCGCUGGCUCGUGCGGGCGUAUGGAGUGUGUCAAAAGUACUGUCGGGCCCAGGGACUCUGUAG